AUGAAACUCGUGAUACCGAAUUGGAAAAUUGCUCUAACCUUACAGCAAUUUGGAAGAAAAAUAACUGAGGAAAUUAAUGCAAAUUUCAAAAACGACACAUAUUCAGCCCAUGAAUGUAUUUUUUCCAAAUGUCCCGUUUUAAAAUUAGAUGAAAAUUUUUAUGAUGUAGUUAAGGUAGAGGUUAAAUAUGUUCAAUCUAAACACAUUUAUUUAGCCUAUUUUCUUUCAAAAAGAAAGGAAAGUGCAAAAAAAAAUGAAAUUGAAAUAAAGGAUGAUUUUUUACCUAUUUUAUUAGUGAAUUCAAAAUUGAAUCGUAAAAUGCAUAUUAUUCCUGUGAAAUUUUCAUUUUGGGCAUUGCUUACUAUUCUAGUAAAGCUAUUAGAAAAUCCUAGAUGCACAUCUAAUUUAUCAGAAGAAUUAUUAAUGUUAGAAUAUAGAAUUCCUAAUUGUAAGCCUAAUGACAAGAUUCAAAUUGUUUUAUUUUUGGAAGAAACUACAAUUGUAUUAGCUGUGUAA